AUGGCGGCGACAGGAGUGGGUGAAUUGGCUGCUACGACGUCGGAUGCUUACAAGGGGAUGUCGUCCGAUAAUAUAAAGGGUUUGGGUUUGGCCUUAUCAUCCAGCGUCUUCAUCGGCGCAAGCUUCAUCGUCAAGAAAAAGGGAUUGAAGAAAGCUGGUGCUUAUGGCGUCAGGGCUGGAGUUGGAGGAUAUUCAUAUCUAUAUGAGCCACUAUGGUGGAUAGGCAUGAUAACAAUGAUUGUAGGAGAAAUAGCGAAUUUCGCAGCGUAUGCAUUUGCUCCAGCCAUUGUUGUUACCCCUCUCGGUGCCCUCAGCAUUAUUAUCAGGCAUGAUGCCAUUGCAAUACUGGCACACAUCAUUUUGCAAGAGAAACUACACAUCUUUGGUAUUCUCGGCUGUGCCUUGUGUGUCGUGGGGUCCACUGCCAUUGUGCUGCAUGCCCCUCACGAACGUGACAUCCAAUCUGUCAAGGAAGUGUGGGACCUUGCCACCGAGCCAGCUUUUCUUUUCUACACAGCCUUGGUCAUAUCAAUCGUCCUCAUUGUAAUAUUUCAUUAUAUCCCACAAUAUGGCCAGACGCAUAUAUUGUUCUACAUUGCUGUUUGUUCGCUAGUUGGUUCGUUGUCGGUUAUGAGUGUCAAAGCUCUAGGAAUUGCAUUGAAACUCACCUUGUCUGGAAUGAACCAGCUAAUCUAUCCCCAGUCAUGGGCCUUUGCUUUUGUUGUCGUUGUUUGUGUCCUCACACAAAUGAAUUACCUAAAUAAGGCCCUCGACACGUUCAACACUGCUGUGGUCUCGCCUAUAUACUACGUUAUGUUUACAUCCUUAACCAUAUUGGCGAGCGUGAUUAUGUUCAAGGAUUGGGACCGGCAAAACCCGACUCAGAUUGUCACAGAAAUGUGUGGCUUUGUGACUAUUCUUUCCGGGACAUUUCUUCUCCACAAAACAAAAGACAUGGCUGAUGAGUUGUACAAAGAUUGUGCGUUCAACGGAGGCGCCACAUCAAUUGCUAUAAAACUUCCUAAACAUGCAGACGAGGAUGGAUUCGCCCAAGAAGGCAUACCUUUAAGACGACAAGAAUCCUCAAGAACACCAUGA